UCUUGGACUUACUUUAUUUUUCAUAAUCUUCUGAAGGAGUUUCAUAUUUAUAAUACUAGAUGAGAGAAUUCCAAAAAUAUUUAAUUUCUUUGAUUUUAUUUUUAAAUUAAUUAAUUUAAAUAGAGAUAAAACAUGAUGAUUUAUAGAUGAUUUUUGAUUCCUAGCUUAUCUUCUGCUAUGCAUGAUUCUUGUUCAAAAAACCUUGACCUUGAGUGUGUGGGUAUCUCUCCAAAACGAAGAAAAAAAGUUCUCAUUGGUUGGUCCGCUCCUCCUUCAGAGUGGAUUUUCUCGAAUUCAAAUGGUGCCUAUCGUCUGUCUAUGGAACUUGCAACAACAGGUGGUGUUCUUCGAAACUCUACAGGUCAUUUUUUCCCCUCUUGUUCACCUAUGUUCCAACUUGGAUUUGAUGCAAGCUAUUCAAAGUCUCGGUCAUCAUUACUGGGAAGUUGGUAUUUGUCAUGUCUUCCAAGAGGGCAAUGCCUUGGCAGAUUUAUGGUUAAUCAAGGUUUUUCUUUGAAUAAGGAAUUUAUUGUUUUUGAUUCUCCCCCUACUAGAGCUUGGGAUCUAUUGAUAAAUUGUAUGAUUAGCUUAAAUAGUAUCAUCAAAUUCACAUGGUGAUACAUGAUUUAUCUUUGAAAAAUUUUUCAAUUUAUUAA